GUGCGCGGUGGCGUCACGGCGUGCUGGUGGCGCUGCCCAUGGCCGAGGGCGCCGGGCCAUGGCCUCGUCCGUGGUGCGCGCCACGGUGCGCGCCGUCAGCAAGCGCAGGAUCCAGGCGACCCGUGCCGCCCUUACGCUGACCCCUUCUGCUGUCCAGAAAAUAAAAGAGCUUCUGAAAGAUAAACCUGACCAUGUUGGUGUGAAAGUAGGUGUUCGUACAAGGGGAUGCAAUGGACUUUCUUACACAUUAGAAUAUACAAAAUCGAAAGGAGACUCUGAUGAAGAAGUAGUUCAAGAUGGCGUUAGAGUGUUUAUUGAAAAGAAGGCACAGCUGACACUUCUAGGAACUGAAAUGGACUAUGUAGAAGACAAACUGUCCAGUGAAUUUGUCUUCAAUAAUCCAAACAUCAAAGGAACGUGUGGCUGUGGAGAAAGCUUUAACAUCUGAAAUCUCAGGACUACUUCUUUGACUUUGAGCAGCCCAAAACACUUACUAUUAUGACUCUGAGAAGCAAAUGCAUUUUCUUCAGGUUUGUAGGCUGCGUAAAGUGGGGAUACUAUUAAGAAAAAUAAAUUUAAAUAUUUGAAAAUGUAAGCUGUGUGUUAAAUUCCACCACUGAUGUAGUUACGCUGUAAUUUGUGAUGAGUUGGGAUCUAAAAGGUAAGAACAGUAAGUGCUGCAGUAACAUCACUGUACUUCCACUUGCCAAGGAAAUAAAAUCUCACUGUUCUUCCUCUGUCAUUUUCUUUGUCAAUCCUACUCAUACUUCCCCAUUCAAAACCCAUUUGAAAGAAUAUAUUGUGUUCUGCUUUGAUUUGGGGAAAACAAACAAACCAAUGAACAAAAAAUCUCAACCAUUUCUGUGUGAGUAUUUAUAAGGAUUUAUAUAUACAAGCACACAGUCCUUGCUUAUUUUGUAGUUUUCCAGUGCUUUCAUCUUUUUACAAGUGCAUUUUCUGGUGGUUUAUUUUCCCUUAAAUUCAGGGAAAUAAAAAUGUUGUUCAUGUAUUAAUAUAGUGGUAGACUAUGGUAGCACUGGUAUAGAAAUGCUUCAAAGAGGGCUAGCCUAAUUUUAAUUAUUUUCCUUUCUUUGUUGAAGGCACAGUCCCUGCUGUCCUUGGUCAUUUUCAAAACAUGAAGUAUCUGGCACUGGAGGGCUAAAAAGUGAUACACAGGCCUUGUUUUUCACAUUUCAGUUUCUUUUCUUGCCUCAAUUAAUUUGCAAAGUUGGUAAAACUGCCUCCACUUUCUCAUUCCCCAUGUUCACAGAAUGUGCUCUGUUUGCACCAAAAUCUAUGAACACUUCUAUUGAGAGACAAAUGUCAGAUUUCUCAUUACUUUUUUUUUUUUUUUUGGUAAUCAUGCAUGCUACUAAUUUUGUUAAGUGUUUGAACUCUUUUUCAUAACUCUUUAGGUAGUAGAAUUUUUUCACCAAAGUUUAUGGUCACUUGUGUUUAACUCCUGUCUUGAGGUUAACUUGAUAACAGGAGAAAAAGCAUUUUUAAUUAGAAAAAAGCCCUUAGUAUUUCAUAUUACUUUUAAAUUAACAGAGACAGUAAUUAAAAUACUGUAAGAGGCCGUUUUUUCUUUGGAAUUUACUUAAUCAGAAAUUUGGUUUUGUAAUCAAGUGUGUUUCGAGUUUAUACAGUCUUCAGCAGUUAUUCACUGGUGCUGAGACAGAAGCAUAAAUAUCUCUCUAGACCUUCCCAACACCUGGUAUGAGAAAGGAGCUGUUCCGCCCUUUUAACUCCUGAUUGUCUGGAGAUUACAUGGUGCAGCUCAGGUGCUCACUUGUGCAGAAAAUAAGAUAUCUGCCUGAGCAACAAAUUUGAACAGCUGGUGAAAAUGGUGCAAAUAAAAAGUAGGGGACACAAGGAAUCUUGCAGGUGUUGAGAUGGAAGUGAUCUAAGAGCAUUAGGUCUGCUCGUUGAAAAUCCAGAGGUCAUCUUGAGGCGGACAGUUGUACCCACAUGCCUGUCACCAACUGCUGGAGGUGCCGGAUUGCACCUACAUUUUGGUUCUUCCCUCUGCACCUUUUGCCAGAGCAGAUGGAAGAACAAAAAUGAAAAAACAAAAUUAGGCUUCAUCUGCUUUAUGUAGUGCACAGGAACAGAAGGUCAGAAUUACUUACAGUCUAACAGUAAAUACUUGAAUUUUGGUUGUAUGUCACCUUUUGAUGUAAAGACACUAUUUCCUUCAACAGUCAGCUGUUGCACACAGUUACUUUACAUAGUGAUUCAGGAAUUAGUGGUAAUACACUGGUGAAGUGCUUCUAUAGUGAUAUAACACUUUUCAGGCUUGCCAAACAAAAACAUGGAGUUCAUGUGACAUAGUUGCAUUACAUCUAAAACUCCAAGCUAAGGGCAUUUCUUCAGAUUGCAUUUCUCUGCUUCUUGCUAGAGAGAAGACUUUGAAUGUGGUAACACUGGUGGUUGCUAAGAGUGCUGGUGCUUACUCGUUUAACUUGUUUUGCAGUGGAGGGGAUUGGUAUGAAAUUUAUUUUAGACCUGUGGCAUGUACAGCAAUCAUUUUUGUGUGUUUUGUGUGUAUGCCUUGAAUGAAAGUUUGCACUUUUGUACCCCCAUGAAGUAAUCAUCUUAAGUUGUCACCUUACUAAGAUAACUAAUGCACAAUGUGUUAAACUUCUGCUAAAGUGCUAUUUACAGUUGCAUACAAGCUGUAUAGUUUUGUUGACUGGUCCAGUAUAAUUUUGUGCAACAAUAUAUGUAGAGUCCUCAAUUAUAAUAAUAAAUAUAGCCUGUUGGUAACCAUGAAA